AUGUCAAUUGAACACCAUACCUCAAAUCUUCCGAACGAGAUCAUCGAAAUUAUCCUAUUACACCUACCGAUUAAGUCUCUUCUUAGGUUUAAAUCAGUUUCCAAAUCAUGGAAUUCCAUUAUCUCCAAUCCUGUUUUUGCCCACACCCAUCUUCAAUUCUCGAAUUCUCCGAAUCUCUUUCUAAUCAAGAACAGAUCUUUUCAAGGAGCUUUUUCUUUGCUUAAAUUAGAAGCUCAAAAAUUCCACAGAGAAGCUGUAUUAAGCGGCCCAUAUGGCUGGAAUACAGUGUUAUGCCAUUGCAACGGAGUGCUUCUGUUAACCGAUUCCUAUUUCAAGCCCACGUGCUACGCAUUGUGGAAUCCAUCCACUCGUACGGAGACGUAUUUCACUUUCAGAUACACCUUUUACGAGGAUAUGAACUACGGGUUCCCGUUCAAAGGUACCGAUUCGGGGGUUUUCGCUGACGGAGCUUAUUAUUGGGUUUGGAGAGACAAGGAGGAUGUUAGACAUGUGGUGUAUUUCGAUUCCAGAAUCGACAAGCUCAAGAGAUUGCAGAAGCCUAAACAACUAACCGACGAGGACCAUGUUUUCGUGGCUUGUUUGAAUGACAGCCUGUGUUUGUAUUGCAACACUUUAGGGGAUGAGACGAAGGUUCGGUUCUGGAUUAAGGAAAAGGGCAGCAGCUUCAAGAACUGCUGGAACGAGUUCUUGGUUAUUGAGAAUGUGCCGACUUCGAUUUGGUCGUUUAGGCCACUUUGCUUUUUGGAAGACAAGAUUGUGAUUCGAUUGGAAAGUGCAAGAUUUCUAAUAUAUAGCCCUUGUGACAAUACUUUCGAAGAAUUUGUAGACGAUGAGUUGUGUUUCGUUGAUUUGGACCCGUAUAAGAAUAGUCUAUUCUUCACUAAUCUGAAUGCUGUUUCCAGGAGGAGACGAGUUAUUGUUAUAGAUUAA